AUGCAUCAUCUUUCUCUCUUUGUUUUUUCUUGUCAAAUAAUCAAACGAACCACCAAAAGAAAAGUUGAAGACAUUCUUCUGCUCUGCAAAGACAAAAACAAACAGCUUAGAUCGGUCGGAAUUAUUCGCCGGAAAUAUAUAAUGGGAACUGUUGUCAAGUCUUUCAAGGAUCAAUUCUCAGCUGAUGAGAGAUUGAAAGAGUCGAGGAACAUCACUGCGAAAUAUCCAGAUAGAGUUCCGGUGAUCAUUGAGAAAUAUUCAAACGCAGACCUCCCUGACAUGGACAAGAACAAAUACUUGGUCCCACGAGACAUGACUGUUGGACAUUUCAUUCACAUGCUAAGCAAUAGGCUACAUUUAGAUUCAUCUAAAUCUCUGUUUGUUUUUGUACAUAACACACUUCCUCAAACGGCUAGUUGCAUGAACUCUUUGUACAAUACUUUCAAGGAAGGAGAUGGUUUCUUGUAUAUGACUUACAGCACCGAGAAAACAUUCGGCUAACAAAAAGAUCAUUCGUUGCUUAAUACUUGAAAAGCUCAUUCUGAAUAAUCCGUUUGAUUCAUAUGUUUGUGAUCAAUAAAUGAAUGUCAGCUAUUGUUGUUGUCAAUAAGCUUACCUUUGUACAGAAAAGCUAAAAACAUCCGACUUUGUAAAUCAUAUUGCACAGAAAGGCAAUAAUAAUAAAACAAAGUGAUGAUAUGAUUCACACGAAACCUUUUUUUC